AUGUCCAACGAAGACAAGGCGCGUGCGGCAGCAGCGCAGUUGGUAAUUGACGAUGAACCCGAUGACUGGGACAAGCGUAUCUUCAGCACCGGCUGCGCAGACGAAAAUGCAAAACUGACAGACUGCUACUACGACAAGAAAGACUGGCGAGCAUGCAAGCAGGAGAUGGAGAUUUUCCGACAAUGCUGGCAGCGUCAUGGCAACGAUAAGAGGACUGAUUCCAAAGAUGCUUCAUAA